AUGACAACUAACAAGAUCAUUUUCACAACAACUAAGUCUGUUUUAACUAGUCUUGAUGACGUUUUCGGAAAAACAACAAUGCAGAAAAGUACGACGGAUAAUAUAGGUUCUACAAUAAAGUCCGAUAAUACUACUGCCAGGCAGGAGAAUUCUACUAAUAUGAUUCUGGCAUUAAACCUUGACGAGGAGAACAUUAAUCGUCUGCUAAAGAUAGAAAACACAUUCGAAGCUGAAGCGCUGACGCCGAUAACCGUUUAUCUCAUCCUUCUAAUGAUAACGGGUGUUGUUGGCAAUACUAUUGUCUUGUAUAUCUACAAGUUCAGGUUCAAAAGGUCAACAUCAAGAAUAUUCAUUCUGAGUCUUGCUGCGUUUGAUUUGAUCACGUGUAUUUUAGGGAUGCCAUACCAUAUCUUAGACAUGCUUUAUCCUUAUCUGUUUGUAUGGGACACCCUUUGCAAAGUUCUAAGUUUUGCUCUUACAUUUACGAUUUUGGCAUCUAUAUUUAUACUGGAUCUCAUCGCAAUUGAUCGGUACAGGAAAAUUUGUAGACCGUUUAAAAAGCAGCUUUCUGGUAUAGGAUCAAAGAUAAUGAGUUGGGUGACUGUUCUUAUAGCAAUAAUCUCUGCCAUUCCAAUGCUUCUAAUUUAUGGUACCGCUGAAGUCCCAACCGCUAGGAAUCCAAAUAUAACAGGAAGGGAAUGCUACGUCUCAGAUGACUAUAUCGAAUCUUACUUCCCAUUAAUCUACGAUUCUUUCACUUUCUUGAUUUUUAUCGUAUCAGUUUUUAUACUAGUCGGAUUUUAUAGCAAAGUCGGGGUUACAAUUUGGAAACGUAGGAAAUUUAAUGAGUCCUCACAUGAGUCAAAGAGAUCCGGUUCCAGUCAAAGCACGCCAAACACAUCGAUCAUACAACUGAACGUCAUUACAGAUGAAGCUAAACGCGGAUCUCCUAUGCUUGUUCAUUAUGGAAAAAAUAAAGAGGGUGGUAAUGUUCAAAUAUUUGAUUCGAAUUCCUUGGUCACGGCACCAAAAGAUUCACCUUUACCAUACAGAUCGACAACGUCUGAUCCAAAGAAAGAAAGGAAGAACCGGAGAGUAAUGCGAUUGAUGUCUGAACCUUCAAGUACUGAACAUGAUUCUUCUAUAAUGGAUCAUGGGUCUUCACGGUCCCACAAAUCAUCCCACAGACAUCACGUGACAAAGAAAGAAAAGAGAACUCUAAGAAUAACAGGCAUGCUGUUCGUUAUAACAAUAAUAUUCAUUAUAAGUUUCCUCCCUUAUUUGUGUAUACAAAUUGUGAACGGUUUGAAUGAUGAAUUUUGGGAUGAAAUGAGCAUCUCGGAAAUUAUCCUUUUUAAUCUUCUUAUGAGGACAUACUUUAUCAACAGUAUGAUAAAUCCUAUAAUCUACUGGUUUCUGGAUCACAAAUUUAAAGAGGAGGUUAUUAGACUAUUUAAUGACAUGAGAAAUUGUAAAGCAACUACUCGGUUUGGACGAAAGAGUUUCCAUUCGUAA